UACGGUCUCACAUCCGGGAAUUUGGCAUGAAAAGUCCCUCUUCAGCUAUUGGUCGAAGCGAGGCGGUGUGUGACAACUUUACUUACACGUGUCAAAUUUCGCAUCAUCGAAUUAUCGAUAGCCUGCUUGGUUUUCUAUAUAAAGUGGUAGAGGAAUGUUUGAAAAAUCAUAAUUCUACUUUUCUCAGAUCAAAAUUCAGACUUGGAUACUGAAGAUUUUUACAAGAGAUUUAUAUUUUCACAUAGCCUUUACACGCAGCAGAGUGGAUUUGAUAUCAUUAUCAGCAGUCAUAGGAGGAUUAUCUUUUUGUACUUUUGGAAGUUGAAAUUGUUGAUCUGAGAUGGGUUUAUUAAUGUCUCGGGUAAUGACUCUCUUCAAGGAAUGGUCUCAGGGAAGUCCUUCAAGAGUUCUUAUGCUUGGUCUGGAUGCAGCAGGAAAGACUACAUGUUUAUACAAGCUGAAGCUGAAUGAAACAGUGACAACGAUCCCUACCAUAGGAUUUAAUGUGGAAACCGUGACACCAGUACCAGGUCUAUCAUUCACCGUUUGGGAUGUAGGCGGUCAAGAGAAAAUCAGGGCACUUUGGAGACAUUACUACUAUGGCACACAUGGUGUUAUCUUUGUAGUAGAUAGCCAAGAUCGAGAACGAUUCGCAGAAGCUCGAGGUGAACUGCUUGCUAUACUACAAGCUCAAGAAAUGACUAGGAACGUUCCUGUGCUAAUACUUGCUAACAAACAGGAUCUACCAGGUGCACACGGUGUGACCAAAUUGAUUGACGAUCUCCAACUCCGAAAUCUUACCCAGAAUCCUUGGCAUAUCCAAGGCGCAUGCGCCACGACUGGGGAUGGUUUAUACGAAGGACUCCAACAACUCUCCAAGAUGAUCCGGGAAUUCAAGAAAUCUGGAGGAAAGGUGUCCAUGUAAGAAGAUACAUGACGCCAUUAAUUGACCGGCCAUUGUGGAUCUGCAAACUGGUGUAAUCGCGUUGUGACGAUGAAGUCGAAUGUCGAUCCUUGCAAUAUUUGGGAUGAGUGGGGACGGGAGGGGGGAGCAGCAACUUGACAAUGAUGUUGCAUGUUUUGGCCAGUAUCCGGGGCGUGCGCCCCCCUUAUUUGUUUGGGGAGGCGAAUCCCAGUGAGUCAAAAGUCCAUGGACUUAAACGCUGUUCGUCUAACUGAAAAUAACUUUUUAGUUUAGCAAUAGGCCGAAAUGACCUGAAAAAUAAUAAUAAAAAAUGGAAUUGCUUUAUAUAUAUAUACAAAAUAGAUAGUGAUUGAUUUAAUACCACGGGUGUAGGAAUUCAAAAUUGAAAAUUUAUUUGCCUCUCGUUGACAUCUCAUAAAGAAUUCCGGAACACUUUUUAAUGGCACUAUAGAACAUGGACAAGCAUAGCUUUCAUCUGGGUCAUUUUAUCUUUUCUCGAGUUCCAAAAUUUUAACAAAUUGGAUUUGAAUUUAGCUGUUAACAGAUGGGCUCUCCUCCACAUCAGAUGGUAGGUAGUUCCAUUCAUUGAUGCAUCUCAUUAAAAUAAAGCUGCGAAUUCCAUUAAUCAUGCUAAAUGCAGGGCAAGAAACUUCUAAUGAUUGUUUACGACUAUAUUAUUUGAACAUCACCCAUUCAAAAAUAGACAUUUAUCAUUGAAAGCAAUAAAUACCUUUUAACAUAAUGAAUAGUGAUGUUAGUCAAGUUUGGUAUGAUUUGAUUUCCACUACAAUAUUGAACCUAAAAUGUUAUUUAGAAUGUCAGAGGCUAUAUUGGAUAUGUAAUAGCAUUCCCUUUCAAUAUAUUAUACUAAUAAACUAUAUGACAAACGCAAAUCUUUAAUUGUCAAAUUUUAUUAAACAUUUAGUUGUGGUGUUCUGAAUGACAGACAUUUUUCUUUUGUUUAGUGUAAAUGCAUAUUGUAGAUAUUCUAAUUGUUUUUCUCAUUCCUUUAGUCUUUCAUUACAUCUAAAAGCGCCUUCAAACGAAAUGGGAUGUGGCACCAUAGGCCAACAAAUUAUUAUAAUUCUUAUUACAGAAGAUAUUAUUUAAAAAACAUAUAUGAUUAAAUGCACUUUCGUAAUCCGAUAAGUGAAUACCAUCCCUUUUUCACAGCAAGCUUCUUUGUACUACAAAACAACUACGAAGUUUAUAUUUUGAGAUGAAAAUAUGCUCGAGUAUGACUUGUGUUAACAAGAUCGAAAUGUAUUAUGUUUGCAUGUAUUAUGCUAUAGUCGAAACUAAUCUCAAUCAUACCGAUCUUCAUUUUUUAUAUUUCCGUUUCCCGUGUGUUUGGCUUAACAUGUUAUGGAAUUAACGGUCAGAAAAUAUUUGUACAUAUUCAACUGCAAUCUAUGCUCGUGAAAAGUUGUAAGAAUCAACAUCGUGUAUCAUUUUAUAUAGUUUGUAUAGAAAAUGUGUAUAUUAUUGUAAAUAAAAGGAAAGGUCA